UUAACCUCUUCCUGCCCGCAGUGCGUGUGUGCUAUCAGUGGAAGAUGGCGACCAGAGUCCUUCAGAGCUCUUGCUCCGGCCUUUAUCAAGCUACAAACGUCGCCCGGACGAAAGGACACAUUACUGCUGUUAUCAGGGGUCUGUCAGCGUCUAGUAACCGGCAUCGGGAGGACAGCUGGUUUAAAUCUCUGUUCGUGCGAAAGGUGGACCCUAGAAAGGACGCUCACUCCCAUCUGUUAGCCAAGAAAGAGGAUAACAACUUAUAUAAAAUACAAUUUCACAAUGUGAAACCUGAAUGUCUCGAGGCAUACAACAAACUAUGUGAUGAGGUGUUGCCAUCCAUUCAUAAUGAUAAGCAUUACCCAUGUGAGCUGGUGGGCACAUGGAAUACCUGGUAUGGAGAACAAGACCAGGCUGUGCACUUGUGGCGGUACAGAGGAGGAUAUCCAGCUCUCACUGAAGUCAUGAGCAAACUGAGGAAUAACAAGGAGUUCAUGGAGUACAGGAAGGAGAGAGGAAAGAUGCUUCUCUCCCGCAGAAAUCAGCUGCUGCUGGAGUUCAGUUUCUGGAAUGAACCAGUUCCCAGAGACGGACCCAACAUAUAUGAGCUGCGCUCCUACCAGCUCAGACCUGGGACCAUGAUUGAAUGGGGCAAUUAUUGGGCUCGAGCGAUUGGCUACCGGCAACACAAUCAUGAGGCCGUUGGUGGAUUUUUCUCUCAGAUUGGAAGCCUCUAUAUGGUGCAUCACCUUUGGGCGUACAAAGACCUGCAGUCUAGAGAGCAUACGAGAAAUGCUGCUUGGCAACACGAGGGCUGGGAUGAAGUCGUCUAUUACACCGUGCCACUCAUUCAGCACAUGGAGUCCAGAAUAAUGAUCCCGUUGAAGGCGUCACCACUGCAGUAAUGAAGCUGAAGACAUCAUCGUUCCAUCCCUGCGAGCGAAAGACCGGACUGCGAUACGAGACACAUUCACUGCCAUGAUCUGUUUCAUUUUCAUUAUGCCAACCAACUUUAUGUAUAAAAUGUUCUUUCUGAUCAUAAAAUUGCCCAAAAUUUUAACCAGCAAACCAAACUCAGUUUGUGGCUUAGUGGUGUUUGUUUGAUAUGAUUUUUUUUUUUAUUUUUUUUUUUUUAAAAUAGGAUUUUCCAAAGAAAGGUUUUUAAGUAGUCACUAUGGCAAGCCACAUUGACCUUAAAUUAUGUGCAGGAUAUGAAUUAUGUAUAUCUAUCAAUUAAUUUCACUAGUUUAAAUGUGAAUUCUUAAUAUCAGUGACGGUGAAGCUAAUUAGUGAAAAUGCUCUUUAAAAAAAAAAACAGUAAUAAUACUGGCACUAUUAGAAACAUUUUUUUUUUUUUUUUUUAAUGACACCAUUACAUGCAGAAUUACACAUUAUUGAUAUUGAUAUCAAGAACUGGUAUUUCUGCAAGUAAUGACGUCAUUUUUGAUAGUUAACAUUUUCAGAAUUUUCAUUUUCACUAGUAAUAAUUCCAUUACUGAUAUCAAGUAUUUCCAUUUAUCUAGUGAAAAUGGAAUUGUAGAUAUCUAUAAUUCAUAUCCCACAUGUGAUUAAAUGUCAAAAGGCCAUACAGUCACGUGCUUGUUUUUCAAAUCUUAUCAAUAGGCUGUGUUCACAAAGCCCAGUUUUAGUUGAAAUAUUUGAAGGAUAUAAAAGGAGGGCAUUACAAUUUAUUGAAUUGCCAUAAUGUAGUGUAAAGUCUUUUACUUGCAUCUUAAAGAUGAGUGGAAUAUUCAGCUUGGAUUUAACCUUUUAAAAUUAGCAAAAUACAGGCUUGGCUCCGUUGAAUGUUGUCAGAAAUCAAAUGCACACUACUGAGAAGGAGGUUCACUGUGGCUAAUUUAUAUAUAUAUGUAAAUAUUAUUUGAGGAGAUCAUUUCAGGUUUUAAAACCAAUUAUGACAAACACGGCAAAAUCUAUGCUACAUACUUAAAUGUUAUCAUUGGCUUAUAUCUCUAGUCAUUAUGUGCAUUAAAAAAAUAAAAAAAAAAUCACCAUAUACAUUUACAGUAUUUUUGACUAUUUUUGCAUAACAAAAGCUGCCUUCAUUUAUAUCAGAUAAUAAGCCCAAAUGUCAGCGGUCAAGUGGUUGUGUGCAAAAGUAAAACUUAUUUUGUAAGAAACAUUUAAUUCAACCUCAGUAUUUGUUUUGCAUUUCUUAUGCAUCCGUUUCUAAGCAUAUUGAUAAUGUUUUUUUUGUCUUGUGUAAUGUUUGAGGUUUAUCUUGUCAGCUCUUUCCCAGGUCAACCUGAUUUGAUCAGACUUGUAUCUUACUGAUUGAUUUCUAUAUUGAUUUUGAUUGUUUUCUGUGUGAUAGUGGCAUGCCCCAUUUACUGGACACUUCUGCCCUGCAGAGGUAAUUGACUCAAAGGAAUCUGACAGCACAAUAUAUUUAAUAUUCCUGUAACUAUUCAAUAAAUCAUGAAUGAUACAUUGUA